AUGUCCCUUUAUGCUAAUGUUGUGGGGUCACUGAUGUAUGCCAUGAUUAGUACUAGGCCAGACUUAGCCUUUGCCAUCUCCAUGUUGAGUAGAUAUAUGUCUAACCCUGGUAUGGAGCAUUGGACAGCUUUAAAAUGGAUGCUGAAAUAUAUAAACAGUACUGUAUGUGUUGGUCUUGAAUAUUGUAAAAGAAAUACUGCAUUUGAUCUGGUUGGGUUUGUAGAUGCUGAUUUUGCAGGAGAUAAGGAUACCAGGAAAUCAACUACAGCAUAUUUCUUUACACUGGGUGGAAAUUUUAUAAGCUGGAAGUUGCAACUGCAGCCUAUAGUAGCCUUGUCGACAACAGAAUCAGAGUACAUUGCAGUAACUGAUGUAGUUAAAGAAGCUUUAUGGUUAAAAGGAAUCCUGACAGAGGCAAAUUUAAUUAGUGGGAAGGUGACAGUGUACUCCGACAGCCAAAGUGCGAUUCAUCUAAGCAGAAAUCCAGUGUAUCACGAAAGAACUAAACACGUGGAUGUCCACUAUCAUUUUGUGAGGGAUCAAGUUACAAAUGGAAUCAUUGAACUUAAGAAGGUGCCCACAGAAGAAAAUCCAAUAGACAUGGGCACUAAGAUAAUCACUCCAGCCAAGUUCAAGCACUGCUUGAACUUGCUGCAUGUUAAGUAG